CCUGUCUGUUCCGGCUCGCCGCGACCGUUCACCACCGCCGGACAGCUGGCCGCCCAAAGGACAUGCCCGCCCGCACACCAAUCGGGCAGCUCGCGGCGCAGCGGCGGCUUGAGACUCAGCUAAGAACACAGAUGGCUGGGAGGCGGCUUGUCGCUGUCUCUGCCCAACCGACUCGUGACCAGCUUGGGCUGCACGUUCGGCUGGAGUUCUCAGACUCUAGUCACUCCGUGUGGCUCCACUUUACAAACACGAGCGCCAGCUGCCUCCGCGAGGCGAUCUCUACCGUCGGUCGCAGUCAGCGGUCGGGCGCCAUCAGACUCCACCUUCACCGCCCAGAGAGCGAGAAGAAGAAGAGGACGGCACGCGAAUGCUCGCGAAUGCUGCCGACCCACGUGCUGACCCCAGCCGAGGUCGACCUCCUCGGCCCCGCCGCCGCCUGCUGCAUAUGCCUGGAGGACUUUGCCGCGGGCAACCGCGUGAUGGUCGUGCCGUGCGCCGGCCUGCACAAGGUCCAUGCUGCUUGCGGCCGACGCUGGCUGGAGAAGGAGGCGAACACGUGCCCCGCCUGCCGGCACGAGCUGCCCUCGGACGGCGCGGACGCCGAGCAGCUCAAGGCCCUGCGCGGUCUCGCGGUGCGAGACACAGUUCCGAGCCACCUCCAAGAUUCACGCGCCGCAACACGUGACGCACCCAUGACACGUAGGCGCGUGAGAUCUGGCGCGUGCAGCAACUAGGGCUGCAGCAGCAGAGUCCGGAAAGUAGCGAGGGGGAGAAUAGUCAGCGGAGGCAGCAGCGCCCUUCGCCCCGCCGAACAGCGCCAAAGGCGGCGCCGCCGGCGGCGGUGGAGAGGCGCGCACCCGAGAAGGGGAAGCGCGCUGGCCUUGGCGGCUGGCUCACUGCAGGCAGCCGUUGGCUCGACCGCCUGCAGCCGGGCGGCGGGCGGGAGUCGAGUGCGGCGACGCCUGUGCCCUCGCGCGGGCAGCGGCUGUCGGUUGGGCAGCGACUGUCGGCCGGGAGGCGGCGGC